AUGGUUCGUUAGAACAAUUAAAAUAUACUUGAAUUUUAUUAAUUAGGAAAAGUUUUAGGAGAAGGAGGUUUUGGAAUUGUAUGUUUAGUAACACAUAAAACAACAGGUAUUAUAAGAGCAAUGAAAAUGAUAAAAAAAGAAAAAUUAAAUAAAAUAUAAGAAGAUUAAUUAUUUGAAGAAUUAAAUAUUGUUAAAUAAAUAGAUAAUCCAUAUAUAAUUAAAAUUUUCGAACAUUUUGAAGAUGAUAAAAAUCAUUAUUUAAUUACUGAAUAUUGUACAGGUGGAGAACUUUUUGAAAGAAUUAAAGACGUUAGUCCAUUUACAGAAAAAGUAGCUGCAAAUUAUAUGAAAUAGAUAUUAUCAGCAAUAUCUUAUUGUCAUUUCCAUAAAAUAGUCCAUAGAGAUUUAAAACCUGAGAAUAUUCUUUUUGAUAAAAAAUAGUCAAACAGUAAUUUAAAAGUUAUUGAUUUUGGUGCUUCUACUAAAUUUAAUCCUGAUUAAAAGCUUACUAAAAGAAUUGGCACGCCUUUUUAUGUUGCACCUGAAAUUUUAACGAAAACUCCUUAUGAUGAAAAAUGUGAUGUUUGGUCUUUAGGAGUUAUUUUAUACAUAAUGCUUUGUGGUUAUCCCCCUUUUUUUGGUUAUAGUGAUUAAGAAAUAUAUGAAAAAGUUAAAAAAGGAAAAUAUGAAUUUUAUUCUGAAGAUUGGAAUUUUAUUUCAAAAGAAGCUAAAGAUUUAAUAUCUAAAAUGUUGCAAUAUAAUCCUAUUAAUAGAAUUUCAGCAGCAGAAGCAUAUGCUCAUCCUUGGAUUUCUUAAAAUAGAAAUGUCGAAUAAUUGGAUGAUAAAAUAAUGAAAAAAUUGUGUUAAUUUUAAGCCAAAAGCAAAUUAAGAGCCGCUAUAUUAUAACUGAUGGCAAAUUAAGUGAUUAAUACUUAAGAAAAAGAAUAAAUGGUUUAAUAUUUCGAUAGUUUAGAUACAAAUGGAGAUGGUAUGUUAUCUAGAGAAGAAUUAAUUUAAGGAUAUACAAAUUUUUUAAACGGUGAUUUUAUUAAAGCUUAAUAAAUUGUGGAAGAUUCUUUUAAAGAUUUAGAUCUAGAUGGAUCUGGAAAAGUUGAAUUUACAGAAUUCUUAGUAGCGUCUUUAUAAAAAGAAAAAUUAUAAUCUAAAGAUAGAAUUGAAUAAGCCUUUAAAUUAAUAGAUUAAGAUAAUAAUGGAUAAAUAACUAAAAAAGAGUUAGAAGAUAUUAUGGGUGGAAUAGUUUUAAAAGAAUAAGUUUGGAAUAAUUUAUUAAAAGAUUGUGAUUAAAAUAACGAUGGAAUGGUUUUUUUUUUUUUUUUUGAUAUUAAAAAUAAUUUUAAAAGAUUUCACUUUCAGAAUUUGCUGAUUUAUUAGUAAAUUUUGCAAAUAAAAAAUAAAUUAUUUGAAUAAAUUUAUAUAUGUAAAAUAAAUGUUUGUAAAAAAUUAAUGUGCUAAUACAUUUUUAUUUAUUUUAAAUAAAAUAAAAAAUAUUAAUUCAAUUAAAUAUUUUCUAUUUUUAUUUUUAUUUUUAUAAAUAAUAUAAGUAAUUUUAGUCAUUUCAUAAAAUAAAUAAAAACUUUUGAUGAAAGAAAAUAUAUUUUAUUAACCAAAUUUAGGACGUAUUUUUUAAAAAAAAUCUAAAAUUUUUAUAAAACUAAUAAAAAUAAGAAUAAUUUAAUUAGUUACAUGCAGACUAACAAAACAAAAAUAAAUAAAGCUUGCCACUAAUAUGAUUUCUUGAGAAUACCUCCGAAUUGGGAGUUAGCAAAAAUACAUGCUUAAUCAAGGGAAACGAAACCAGAAUUGAAAUCAGAUUUAAUAUAAGACAUAUGUUAAUGUUGUGGAUAUGAAAUAUAAAGGUAAGCGAUUGGUUUAAAUGUAGAUUUAAUAGAAUUAGGUUUUUUAGGUUCUGGAUUUCCUCUUUUCUAUAAUUAUUUAAAGAAUUGUAUAGCAAUGUUAACAGUUUUAUUUUUAAUCUAAGGAAUUCCCAGUAUAAUAUAAAAUGUUAAAGGAAAUUUUUGCCGUUACACAUCUUUAGAAGCUUUCGAACACGCCCAUCACCAAAAAAAGCACCCCAAAGAGAACUACAAAGAGCUUUGCGUAUUUAAUAGUAUAGUAAAAUAUUCGAUAGCAAACAUAAUAGAUGAGCCAAAUAAUUCUUCUUUUGCUGUUUGGUCUCUAAUUGCUAUGAUUUGUUAAAUCCUAAUGACUAUUUAUUUCAGAAAGUAGCAAAAAGAUAUGGACUGUAUUGUUGAUGAAAAUAAUAUCACACCUGCUGAUUAUAGUGUAUUAGUAUAGAAUAUCCCAAAGGAUAUGCCUAAUAUUAAAGAUACUUUAAAAAGACUUUUUACUUAUUAAUCUAACCCAAAAUAAGAUAUUAGAGUCUCAAAAAUAGUACUCAUUUAUGACAUAAAAGAAAUUAUUGAAAUCGAAGAAGAAAUAGACGAAAUAGUUAAAAAUAAAUAAAAAAUUCUUAGUUAAAAAUUUGACUUAACUAAUCCUGAAGUACUAGAACUAGACCAUAAAAUACAUGAAUUACAUAAUUAAUUACAUAAAAUGGAACGUGAAGUUGAACAUAAUGCUAGUAAAUUUACUGGACAAGCAAUAAUUAGUUUUGAAACUGAACAAGAAAAAAACUUAGUUUUAGAAAAUAAUAGCAUUAAUUUUUUUAAAAGAUUCAUCAAUUAUUUUAAAAAUGGAUAAUCAGUAAAAUAUAAUACUGCUUUAUAUUUGAAAGAUCGUCAUUUAUAUAUAUAAUAAGCACCUGAACCUGCAGAAAUAGAUUGGGAAUUUGCCCAUUGUUCUACCAAAGAGAAAAUAAUUGCAAGAAUAGGUACUAAUCUUUUAACCAUUUUACUCGUUUGCGUUUGUUUUGCUGUUAUAGCUUUACUCUCUUAUCUCUAAUCAAAACUUAUUGAUGAGGCGUAUGAAUAAUUAUUUGAAGAAUAGCUUAAACAUUAAGAGAAAAAUAAAAAGGAUGAAGUUAACUCAAGUCGUUUAUAUUUUAUUUAUCCUAUUUCUUUCUUAAUAUCGUUUUUAAUUGUUAUUUUUAAUAAAUUUUGUUUACCCUUCACUAUACAUUAGAUUGUCGAUCAUGAAAAAUGGCUCACAAAAACUAACUUAAAUAUUUCUUUUGCAAGAAAACUAACUCUUGCAUUGUUUACUAAUACUGCGCUUAUUACCUUUUUUGUUGAAAUUAUCUUUUUCAGAAAUUAUUAUGGAAUUGGAGGAGGAAUGAUAUAUGGAGAAUAUUUAGUAUUUAUUAAUAAUGCUAUUAUACCAGCUCUUGCUUGGAUUAUAGACCCUUGGAGUAUUUGGAAAAAUUUCAAAAGAAAUAAAGAAUUGAAAAAAGGAAAUUAAUCAACUUUAACUUAAAAAUAAGCUAAUAUAUUAAUGGAGCAUCCUGAUUAUGCUAUGGGUAAAAGAUAUGCUGAUAUAAUGAAAACUAUGUGGUUUACAUUUUUCUAUAGCCCUGUUAUUCCUAUGGCUACUGUUUGGUCAAUUUUAGGAGUUAUUCUUUAUUAUAUUACUGAUAAAUAUAAUCUUAUAUACAGAAGAACUGUAAAGGAAAGUAUUGGAAAAGGUCUUACUAUUGAAAUGAUAGAAAUGGUUGAAUAUUGUGUUGUUCUUCAUUGUUUCGGAAACUUCUUCUUUAAAUAUUAACUAUUUGGUACUUAUGAACUCUCAAAUUUAAUUUUAUGUUGUGCCACUUUAUUAAUAAGCAUUUUGCCAAUGCAAGAAUUAAAUGAUUGGCUAUUCCCUUCAAAUUCUCAAUCAGAAUAGAAAAAUUAUAGAGAAGUUGAAAUAUACUUCGAUUCUGAUUAUGAUAGAGAAAAUCCUGUUACACGUAAUUAUGCCUUAAAAAGUUUAAUGAUGACAAGAAGCAGAAUUUUAAAAGAAGCAAGCGAAGCUUCAAAAAUAAGAGAAAAAGAUAAUUUUAUAUUACUUUUUGAUGAAUCAGAUAUAUACAAAUGGAGAGCAUUUGUAUUUGGUCCAGAAGAUUCUGCAUACUCAGAAGGAAUAUUUGAAAUAAAAAUAAAUUUGAACUAAAAUUAUCCUAUAUAGGCGCCACAAAUGAUUUUCAAAACACGCAUUUUUCAUCCAAAUAUUCAUUGGGAAACAGGUGAAAUAUGUCUUGAUAUUAUCAAAGAUUAAUGGACUCCAAGUUGGACUUUAGAAUCUCUAUGUAGGGCAAUAUAAUAACUAAUGAGUAAUCCAAAUGCGAAUUCACCUUUAAACUGUGAUGCAGGAAAUUUAGUUAGAAGUGGGGAUAUGACUGGCUACAUAAGUUUGGCAAGAAUGUUAACUGAUGAAUAUGCUAUUAGUAAGGAGGAAUUCAAAAAAAUGAUAUAAAUAUAAGAUUAAUUUAAAAAUUAUUAAGUUUCAAAAUAUUAAACAAUCAUCUUUUUUUUCUUUUAUUUUUUGUGCUCUUUAGUUUAUUUUAUUAAAUGA